UAAUUAUGAAACUUCAUGAAUCUUGCAGAGGUGAUAAGUGGAAGCCUGAAGGAAGAAGACAUGACUAUUGACACUACUGAUCCCAGUUACUGGCUGAACUGGAGAUUCCUUCUAUGUGCAUUAUUUAUCUUAACAUCUAUGGUUUUGUCGGCACUUAUAAUAUGGAGAUAUGAAGGAGCCACGAAAUCAAAGACAAGGAAGGCAGCUAGUGAGGGAGUUACAUUAGGUACUGUGUACAGCCACGAAGCUUGGAUGACGUGUUUAAGAACGAUACAUCCUUCUUGGCUGAUGGGUUACAGAGUUAUUGCAUUCAGUGUGCUUUUGGUGUUUCUCAUUGUGAACAUUGUUCUUGAUGGAGGUGUCAUAGUUUUCUUCUAUACUCAGUGGACUUUUGCUGUGGUUACUCUGUACUUUGGGAUGGCUUCUGCUUUCUCCAUACAUGGUUGCUUGAAGCAUAAGAAGAUGGUUUUUGGUGACAUGCAUAAUGAUGUUGAUGUAGUUGCAAAUGAAAGUAAUUAUGCGCCCCCUAGGGUGGAGGAAAAUUUCAACCUGACCAGUAUGACUGAAACUCCAAUUAAACAUGAUGAACUCUAUCUAAGUAAAACUGCAAAUAUAUGUGGAUACAUAUUUCAGGUGGUUUACCAGACUUGCGGAGGUGCAGUAAUUCUCACUGAUUCCGUCUUCUGGUUCAUACUUUUCCCAUUUUUUACACCUAAUCAUCAACUGGGUUUCUUGGAUGUUUCUAUGCACUCACUUAAUGCCAUCUUUCUCCUAGGAGAUGUCUUGCUGAAUGGCAUGCGGUUCCCAUUCUUUCGAGUGACAUAUUUUAUUCUUUGGACAUGCAUCUUUGUCGUUUUCCAAUGGAUCGUUCAUGCCUGUCAUUCAAUGUGGUGGCCAUAUCCAUUUCUUGACAUCUCAUCUCCAUAUUCUCCACUAUGGUAUGUCGCAGUCGGUGUACUCCAUCUACCAUGUUACGGGAUCUUCUAUCUGAUUGCAAGGAUGAAGAACCGUUUCAUAAGGAGGUCAUUCCCAGAUUCUUUUCAAUGUACAACAAGGUAGUACAAAGGUAUUCAUGAAGAGAAUCCAACCAUUCUUCUAGUUGUGAAAAGUUAUUAUUCUCAUCAUUAUUUAAUAUUUUAAAUAUAAUUUAGUAAUUUGAAAUACUCCAUAUAGAGUCGAAUCAGCUAUCUUCGGACA